AUGUCUCAAUCAGAUGUGGAGGAGAAACAUGUCAUCAAAGACAAAGCGGUCUCUCAAGAGGACAUCAGCCGACCUUCAUCUUCCAUCCACGAUGAACUCAAUCAACAGAAUGAAACAGUGCAGAACCAUGAGUCAGUGGAGGACAAGGAAGCGCAAAUAGAUGCUCGAUCAACAAUGACCACAGAGUCCGCCAUUCCUCCACCUCCAGAUGGCGGGCUUCACGCUUGGCUGAAGGUCUUUGGAGGAUUCAUGAUAUAUAUCAACAUCUGGGGUUUCACCCUAACCUACGGCGCAUUCCAAACCUACUACCGCACCACCCUCCUCCCAUCCUCCUCACCCUCCGCGAUAUCCUGGAUCGGUACCGUACAAGCUUGGCUCCUAAUCGUCAUCGGCGUCCUAUCAGGCCCGCUCUUCGAUCUCGGUUACUUCCGCAGUAUGCUCUUAGUCGGCAACGUUUUAGUUGUGCUAGGUAUUAUGAUGCUCAGCUUGAGUACAAAGUACUGGCAGGUUUUCUUAAGCCAGGGCCUUUGUAUGGGAUUGGGCGCGGGAUUAUUGUAUAUACCUAGUCUGGCUAUGGUGGGGGUUUGGUUUAGUAAGAAGAGGGCGGUUGCGUUGGGAAUCGUCAUGAGUGGGAUUGCCGUUGGCGGUGUGAUCUACAUUAUCAUGUUUGAUCACCUUGUUAGAACUGCCGGUUUCCCUUGGACUAUUCGUGCCAUAGGGUUCGUUGCCUUAGCCGCAGCUCUCCUUUCCAUCCCCGCUCUCCUCUCCGGCUCCGCGUGGCUCAAACACAAACGCAAGCGUCGCGCUCUCUUCGACAAAACCGCACUCCACGACCGUCUUUUCCUUAUCUUCACCGCAUGCUCUUUCAGCACUUUUCUCGGGUAUAUUGUACCGUAUUUUUACAUUCCGACAUAUGCGCGCGAGCGGCUGGGUAGUAAUGAAAGCACAGCGCUGUACAUGCUAGUGCUGGCCAUCGCAGGGAGUUUCUUCGGAAGACUAGUCAGUGGCGUGUUGGCGCAUUUUCUCGGCGCGAUUGUUACAUGGGCGCUUUGUGCGUUUUCGAGUGGGGUAUUAGCGUUGUGUUGGAUUAGCAUUGAGACGGAGAAGACGUUCAUUGCUUUUAGUAUACUAUGGGCAUCAUGGAUCUUGGCUGACAGUGGCUCAGGCUUCUUCUCAGCGGCCCUCGUUACGGUGCCAUCUGCUGCUUUUGCCAACAUCACGCCGGAUCUUUCGCGCUUGGGUACUAGGCUUGGUAUGAGCUGGAGUGUGUCUAGCAUUGCUUCGCUCAUUGGUGCGCCGAUCGCCGGGGCUUUGCUCAAGAAGACGAAUGGGCGGACCAAUUUCAUUGGUGUGCAGUAA